AUGGACGGCAGCAAUGGAGCCAAGCAAGCCGACAGUUGGCAUAAGCAUGAGCCAUUCAUGAUGGUCGAAAAGCAGAAAAAUAAAAAUCAUGGGCAAGGAUCCCAAGACAGUAACUUUGGUUUUGGCGGUGGUCCCUUGUAUGGAAGGCUUGUCGCUGAAGACCAAUUACCAAUGGUCGGUGGUGUCGCUCCGGUGCAUGCUGAUAUCCAUGCGAUGCAAGCAAGAAUACCACCCCAUUUUCGAGAUCCGUCAACCGCUCCAUUGAGAAAGCUUUCGGUAGACCUGAUCAAGACAUACAAGUUUAUUAAUGAGGUCUACUAUGCGAAGAAAAAAAAAAGAGCUGGUGGUGGAGCGGUUGGGUUGAGUAGUCAACCUCAAAAUAAUGGGGCCCCCGUUGAAGGCCCUGUAGCCAAUAAAAAAGAAAGAAGAGUGUAUAAUGAUGGUCACGACGAUGAUAACCAUGAUUAUAUAAUUAGAAGCGGUGAAAAGUUUUUGGAUCGCUAUGAAAUCAUAUCCUUGCUGGGCAAAGGGUCAUUUGGACAAGUUGUUAAGGCUCGUGACGAGGAAGAAGAUUGUUAUGUAGCAAUUAAAAUAAUAAAGAAUAAAAAACCAUUCCUAAAUCAAGCUCAAAUUGAAGUAAGACUAUUAGAAAUGAUGAAUAGAGCUGAUGUUGACAACAAAUACUAUAUUGUUAAACUCAAGCGUCAUUUUAUGUGGCGUAAUCAUCUGUGCCUGGUGUUUGAGUUAUUAUCUUAUAACUUGUAUGAUUUGAUUAGGAACACUAAUUUUAAAGGUGUUUCUUUAAAUCUUACACGUAAAUUUGCUGCUCAACUGUGCACGGCUCUGUUGUUCCUGUCCACACCGGACCUGUCCAUCAUACAUUGUGAUCUGAAACCAGAAAACAUAUUGUUGUGCAAUCCUAAAAGAUCGGCUAUUAAAAUAGUUGACUUCGGCUCAUCUUGCCAACUCGGCCAAAGAAUAUAUCAAUAUAUUCAAUCUCGUUUUUACCGUUCACCAGAAGUUUUACUUGGUAUACCUUAUGAUUUGGCUAUAGACAUGUGGAGUUUAGGAUGUAUAUUAGUAGAAAUGCAUACCGGAGAACCGUUGUUUAGUGGAACAAAUGAAGUUGAUCAGAUGAAUAAAAUCAUUGAAGUUCUUGGCAUGCCACCCAAACAUAUACUUGACCAGGCUCAAAAAGCUCACAAAUAUUUUGAUAAAUUGCCUGGUGUCGAUUCGUACACCUUAAAAAAACCUAAAGAUGCUAAAAAGUACAGGAAUCCAGGUGGUCGACGAUUACAUGAUAUAUUGGGUGUCGAAACAGGGGGUCCAUAUGCUAGGCGGUUAGGUGAACCCGGGCAUUCAGUGUCUGACUACCUUAAAUUUAAAGAUCUUAUAGUACGAAUGCUGGAUUAUGAUCCAAAAACUCGAAUUACACCAUAUUAUGCUUUGCAACAUAACUUCUUCAAGCGGACUUCUGAAGAGGGUACUAAUACAGCUAGUGGUAUCGCUCAAGCUGGACUACACAGCUUAGGUGCUAGUCCACCAUUUAAUAGUUUACCUAGUAAUAAUCCAGGGGACACAAAUGUGCAAUCAUCUGCAAUAAGAUUACGGUCGGACCAGUGCCGAGGUAGAACUACAAUGGAUUGUGACCCUCCGCCGAUCGCAUCUAUGUACCACGGUUACCAAACGGCUCCAAUGGCUAGACACCAUCUGCCUCACCAUGCUACAGUUUACCCGAUGAACCCAGCAUCCGCUGUUGGUACUUUGGUUCACUGUCGACCCACCUCUUUGCCGUUCCUACAUCCACAACAUCACCCGUAUCAACCAAUACAAUCACAACCUCCACGUUCAUUGCAUUCGUUGCAUAAUCACCCACCACCACCACCAGUACAACAACCUGUUGCACGUGUACCAACUUCCCAUUCCAAUCGAACGAAACAAGAACAAGAUGACAUGAUUGGGGUGGUGUACGUUCCUAUUCCCGGAGAAUCUUAUAAUUUGUUCUGA